AUGGUUUCUUCAUCAUCUUCCACGAAGAACAAGUCCACGGAUGAUACGGCCGUACGAGGUGCUUCUUCUCCAAAGAAGAUUACAAAAAAGAAUUCAUCACCUUCCUCUCCUUCCAUUACUCUCGCUCAACCACUUGAGGCAACCUUGUCUCAAGUUCUUCCCAAACAACGUAAGGAAUAUACCAUCCAACAAAAGAGAGAGAAAUGGAGUGAGGAAGAGCACGAAAAAUUCCUUGAAGCCAUUCGUAUUCAUGGACGUGAUUGGAAGAAGGUCGAAGAUUUCAUUGGAACGAAAACGAGAAAGCAAAUUCGAUCACACGCUCAAAAACAUUUUGAAAAGAUGAAGAAGAAUGGUGAGGAAUUUCCAAAACCAAGAGCCAAGAGAAAGAGUUUGAAACCUUAUCCUUCCAAAAAAACCAAUGAAAUUUACAAUGCCUUAUCCAACGAUCAAAUUAUGUCCAAUCUCAAGAAAAUACCAAAUGAAUUCUUUGAAAAGCUCAUUUCACACCACGAUGUUUCAGAGACCAUCCGACUUAUUCACUUGUUGGUGACAGCAAGUGCCACUAAUGAUGACAAGGAUCGUUCAGCAGCUGUGAAAAACUUUUCAGAGAAGGAACGAAACUUGAUAAGAACCGUGAUUCACAAUGCCACCAAUUUGUUGUCUUCGAGUGAGAAGCAGCAACAAGAAAGCACCACCACAACCUCCACCACCACCACUACUGCUGAUUCAUCCAACAACAACAACAACAACCACCACUUGCUCUUUUUAACUUCCCUCUUUACCAACUUUACAGAUUUGUUGUCUUCUAAUGCCUCCAACACUAGCAUCACCACCACAGAUUCACCCACUCUUUCCCCAUGUGUUAGUUCUUUUCAACAUGUCUGCUCUUCCAAUGAAUCAUCAACAACACAAGAAGAAGAGGAAAUACUCGUCAACUCAUCCUAUUCCUCCACACCACAAACGUCGACAGCAGCAGCGACCUCACAAAUGAUCCUUCCAGCAGUAGCCUUUGAUCAAGGAAUGAUCGUCGUUCUUCCAGGAGGUGCCUCUCAUAUUCAUCAGCCUUCAUGUGAGGAGGUUGCAGAUGAUGGUUAUGGUCUUGUGUUUUCCUCAUCUUCAUUGGCAGAAACUUCUCAUCAUCAUUAUUGUGUGAGUCCAACGACCACUAAUACCACCUUGUCCGAGUCUGACUCAUCCCUCGAUGAAUUCUCUCCAUCUCUCUGCAGUGCCGAUGAUGCUGAUGAUGAGAAGAUGACUCAAUUAAUUUCGGACUUUACCAAUCGAGAUCAUCACGAUGAGUUUUGUGCUGCUUUGAUGAAUCCAAAUCAUCAACAGCAACCACAAUUUUGUACCAUUCUUCCUUCUCCAUUCUCUUCCAACUUUUACGCAACUUCUUCUUCCUCAACGACUCCUGCCUUGUACAUUCCCCCUGCUCUCCAUUUGCCUCAUUCGGAUCAAGCACAACACCUCCACCUUAAUCCAAUCCAAAUGAAUCAUCUUUUACAGAAUUCUCUCUUGAUGAUGAAUGUGGUGGUUGAAGGAGGUUCCAAUUUUGAAAAUUUACUUGUUGAGCAUAUUGAGCCUUCUUCCUCGUCCUCCUCCAUGAUGAACGAUGUGCUAUUCGAUGAUUCGAAUUUGAAUGUAAAUAGUUUUUUUGAGACUCUUUAA